AUGAUCGCCCGAAUUCUUGUCAUCACGCUUGUCACCAUGAUCGCAACGGCGGCUCCUUCCAAGUUCCAGCGUCGAGACAUCACUCAUCUCGUUAUACCACGAGACGGCGACUGCGCCUUUGCUGACGGCACACCUACGAUCCCGAACGGUCAAAGGGGCUGUGGUCCACUCGGCGGCUUCACUGGGAAAGGCUUCACUGACGCGAUCUUCGAGUGCAAUAACGGGGUCGCUCAGCAGGUGGAUGAAUGCCCAUUCAAGAAGAGUUUCUUGUUCUCGGAGACGGGAGAAACAUGUAUACCUCAACCGGGACAGACACCUAUCUUCAAGUGCAAGUGA